AUGCUCCCCGUGCAGGCGCACGUCCCCAAGGGCGGCGUCAACUCGAGCCAGAGGAGGCUGUACGUGAUCCUCGAGCAGGCGUGCCUGGAGAGCUACCGCGUCACGAGCGGCCCGAAGGGCAAGGGCGACGGCGUCAAGUACGCGCUCCUCAACUGCGACGAUCACCAGGGCAUACUCGCGAAGAUGAACAGGGACAUCGCGGAUGCUCGGCCGGACAUCACGCACCAGUGCCUCCUGACCCUCCUCGACUCGCCCUUGAACAAGGCUGGGAAGCUUCAGGUCUUCAUUCACACCACGAAGGGCGUCCUCAUCGAGAUAAACCCUUCCGUGCGCAUCCCUCGAACGUUCAAGCGCUUCAGCGGGCUCAUGGUGCAACUCCUGCACAAGCUCUCGAUCCGCGGCGUCAACGGCCCAGAAAAACUUCUAAAGGUCAUCAAAAAUCCCGUCACCGACCACCUCCCCGUCAACACUAUCAAACUCACCCUAUCUGGCGACGCCAAGACGGUCCGCCUCUCCGAAUACCUCCGCACCCUGCCCGAGACGCACUCGAUCGCCAUCUUCGUCGGCGCGAUGGCGCGCGGCAAGGACGACUUUGCCGACCACGUCGCGGACCACAAGAUCUCGAUCAGCAACUAUCCGCUGAGCGCCAGCGUCGCGUGCGGAAAGUUCUGCUGCGCACUGGAGGACCUGUGGGACGUCUUAUGA